AUGUAUUCAAUCAUUCCUUGCGUGCGACGGUGCGGGUGGGUGGCGCACCUACGUGCGUUUGUGUACUUCCCCUUCGCUUCGUGGGCCUUCGCGGCUGACCCUCCCGCCGCGGGCGCAGAGGCAGCCGGCGAGCAGGCGAGCGCCACCCUGCAGGAGCGGGCGGAGCAAGCAAGGCAGGAGAAGGCGGCGGCCAGGGAGGCGGCUGAGGCGGCCAAUGCCAAGCGGCUGAAAGCCAUGCAGGAGCGGCUGGCGGCCUGGCAGCAGCAGCAACAGCAGCAGCAGGGGCAGCAAUCGUAG